CAAUGUCUACUUACAAGCACUGCAAUGCCGAGCUAUUCGAAAGGUUGCCAAACCUAAGAUUAAUAAAAUUAGUUGAUGUCUAUGCUAUCAAAGGAAAUUUCAAAGCUUCAUUUCAUGAGUUGAGGUACAUCAGUUGGCAUGGCUGUCCUUAGACCCAUUUACCUUAUGGUGUUCAUCUACAAAAACUUGUUGUUUUAGACAUGCCAUUCAGCAGAUUUGAAACAUUGUGGAGGAUUGCUAAGUUACCAUGUUUGCGUCACUUGAAUUUGGAAGGAUGCAAAUACUUGAAGGAAUUGCCCCACUCAAUUGGACAGUCGACUGCUCUAUACCAUUUGAAGUUGAAUGAUUGUGUGAAUCUAAAACAACUUCCCAAACCCAUUACACAAUCGACUACUCUGAGUCGAUUGAAUAUGAGUGGUUGUGAAAAUCUGCAACUUUUGCCGGAGCAACUGGGCGAUUUGAAAGGCCUAAAGUGGCUUGAUGCAAGUUCUACAGCAAUUGGGCAACUGCCAGAUUCAAUUGCUCACUUGAAGAAAUUAUAGUUCAUUUGAAUUUGAGCAAUUGCAAGAAGCUUAGAAAGUUGCCUGAGCGAUUUGGAAACAUGGAAGGCUUGGAGAAGUUUGAUGCUGUUGGUAGUGCAAUCGAACAACUGCCAGACUCGUUUUCAAACCUGCUUGAUUUAAGAUCUCUGAAUCUGAGAGCAUGUUCGCAGCUGAAGAGAUUGCCUGAGCAGUUGGGGAAGAUGCAGUGUCUACAAUUCCUAGAUGCAUCUGUCACAGCAAUUGAAGAAUUACCGGAUUCUAUUGGAUUACUGCCUAGGAUACAAAACUUGAUUUUCGAGCGAUGCAAGAAGCUUACAUAUGUUCCAAAUAGCAUCUGCAAUCUUAAAUCACUUGAAUAUUUAAAUCUUUUCAUCGGUGAGGACAUAAUAAAAAUUGAGUUGUUUGAGGCUGUGAAUGAUAUGAACUUGAAGGAGCUGACACUGAGUGGUAAUAUAAGAGUUUGUUUGCCCAUCAUUCUAAGCUUCUCUUCUCUGACAGUUUUAACACUCACUGAUGUGUGCGGGAGUCCCUCCCCAACCAAACCCUUUAGUUUCUUUCAGCUUUUCAACCUUCAGAGUCUUGGUCUGUAUAACUGUACAAGUCAUGGGUCCUCCUUUCCCGAACUACCACUGAAUUUAGAAGAGUUGGACGUAGAUAACCACGCUUCACUGGAACAAGUACCUGAUUUGUCCCACCUCAAACAGUUGAAGAUUAUGUCCAUUGGGAGAUGCUGCAGCCUUCAAUCUCUCCACAAACUUCCACCUCAUCUCUCACUCCUUCGAGUUGAGGAUUGUACAAGCCUACAAGAGUUUCCAGAUCUGUCAAUGUUGAGAGAUUUAGAAACACUGGAUGUUACUGGCAAUGGCAGCAAUUUAAAAGUCAGUUUAGAGGAGAAUCACCUUCAGCUUCAGGUUAGUGGUGUAGUUGGUCUUUCUCUUCCACUUACACUCGUACAUAUUAAAUCCAUCUCCAUUCAUCUUUUUAUCUUACAGCUAAGAGAGAAUGAUGAUACAUUUAUAGCAACUAUACCAAACAAGGAAAUUCCCGAGUGGUUCAACUAUAAAAACAGGGAAGGGUGCACACUAUCCUUUGAUGUUCCGCCAAACUUGGGAGAUAACUUUGCGGGUGUCGCCUUCUGGGUUGUUUAUAAAUCCUCCUCCCAAGAAUCUAAUUAUCUUAAAGCUGUUAUUACAAAUAAAACAGAGGAUACCACGACAACUAUCCCGAUUACUGGUUCUAGUUGUCGUGGAAUGGAUGACGUGGAAUCAGCUAUACGUUGCAUAUGGGCAGAGGACUUAUCAAUAGCGAAGGGAGAAAAUAUUAUGAUUUCUUUUGAGUGGAACCCUUUAUGUGAUACAGAAGUGAAAAUGUGCGGGGCUCACAUGCUAAAACACCCUUUCAAGAAGAGCCUUCAGGCAUAGCCAAACAAAAUGUUAGUAUAAUUUACUUUUUCAGGAAAAUGUUGUACAAUUACAAAAAUUGGAUAAUUCAUCGGAACGAUUCCAGGUUUUUCUAAGCUAGGAACGGAGUUGUGGGCGAUUUACGCCCCAAUGAGGAGGGCUAUGAUCAAAAGUUACGACUCUGUUAUAGUCGAAACAGACAAUCUCGAGGCGUUUCAGGUGGUCCAUGGUUUCAACACAGGAGGUGCCCCUGCUCCGGUGUUUGACAUCGUGUCUCAGAUUUGGAUUCUCUUGAAGGAUCGCCGUUGGGUUUGUGGCUUAGCAUAUGUCUUCCCGGCUAGGAACCAUGUCGCUCGAUUUGUGGCUCGAAUAGGGAGGGAAGUGUGUGAUUGUUUAUACACAUUCAAUCGUAUGGUAGGCCCCAUGGAAGAACUUAUUGAUUGGGACAUGGGGCUGGGAGUUAAUCACCCAGACUUCAUGGAUGUGCUGGUGCCUGAUGACGCCCAGGAUCCAGUCAACUUCAAUGUGGCAGCAGGCUUUGCGAAUCAGAUGCAUGGUCAAGAAGUGGCUCAGGCUGAAGUGCAGCCAAAUAAUAACAUGCAGAAUGCAUGGUGAGCCGCGGGCAGCUGGGGGAGAAUGGCGGAUUGCAGCAGGCUAAUCAAGGUAUGGAAAAUGGUGGUGUGCAUAACCCCUUUCAAGCUCCUCCAGUGCUGUUUGACGAGCCAGUAGGUGAUCAUGAGGAGAUUUUUCAGCUUGGCAGGGCAGGAAAUGGUUUCUUAUUUGCUGGCGGACCCCCCUUUGGAUGAUAUAGAUUAGGGUUUGGUCAUCAGGUUUCUGGUUCCUUAUGUCCUGCUGCACUUGUAGUUAUAUGUUGUCGAGUGUAGCAGAAUAAGCUUGUUUAGUUUAGUAGAAGUAGCAGUUUCUCCUUCAGUUUAGGUGUAGUCUUUUAGGUUGUGUGAUGUGCAGCUUACUCUUAUCUCUUGUUGGAGAUAGAAUUUAAUCAAUAAAAGUCUUGCUUUUCCAAAAAAAAUAAAUCGGAAUUGAA